ACCCCGAAAAUUAGGGACGGAGCGAGGGAGUAGUUGUUUAAAAAAGAGAACUGACAUCUGCUAGUUUCGUGUUCUUUGGACGUGGUUUGCCAUUUCGAGGAAGGAUCUCAUAAACCCCCCCCUACAUUACAAAAUCCUCUCUCUUCAACAAUGGAUUCACGCUAUUCCAGCAAAAAUGAUUGUCAGAUUUGACAGAGUCAAUGUCAAAGAAACAAAACAUACAAGUCACUGAAACCCUAGACCGUAUCAGUCAGUUGCCAGACCCACUCUUAGUACAAAUUCUCUCUCUUUUGCCCACCGAAGAUGCCGUCACAUCAUGUAUUCUCUCAAAGAGGUGGCAUUAUCUCUGGACUGCAAUUCAUAAUUUCCUCUUCAGUAAUAAAAAUUACAACAGAGUCCAAAACUUCAUAUCCUUUGUGGACCACGUUUUAACUCAUUCCACUUGUUCCAAAAUCAAAAAAUUCCAACUCGAUUUUGAAGUCAGAGAAGACUGGGAGGACUUUGAUUCCAAAAUCAGCAAAUGGCUCAGUUUUGCUGUGGAAAACAAAGUGGAAGAUAUUGUAUUGUAUUCGUUUGAUGAUGAUCUCACUUACGAAUUGCCUCUAUCUAUGUACACUUGUUCGUCAUUGGUUACAUUGUAUUUGAGCCAUUGGGUGUUUGAUAAAGGACUGAACAUAGCUUGGAACUCUCUAAAGAGCCUAACUCUAAGAAAAACAGAGUUAGAAGAUGACGAUAUUGCGAUAUUACUGUCAAGUUGUCCUGCUUUGGAAACUGUGGAGCUGUCAUUUUGUGAAGGUUGUCGUCGUCUAGAAAUUACUUCUUCAAAUUUAAAGAGACUAAAGUUGACGAACCCUUUGCAACCUCUGGUUGAAGGAUAUGAUUCUUUGGAAAUUAUUGCCCCACAUCUUCAGCAUUUGGAUAUUUCAGGAGAACUUAGAGAUCUCAAGUGUAGGCUUGUAGAUGUCUCUUCUUUGGUUCUUGCCAGCCUUACUUUUUGCAUUAGUUGUAUCACUGACUGCUGGGAGGAAGAUGAUAUUGAGGAAGACAGCUGUCGUGAUCAUCAUCAAGUUAUUAGAAACCUUAUUCUGGACUAUCUUCAAAAGUUGAGUUAUGCGGCUGAGCUAAUAAUUAGAUGUUGGUUUGCAGAGGUCGUGUACCUGAUGAAACUUGAAGGAAUGAUGCUUCCAGAAUUGAGAUGCAAAUGUCUAACUCUAAAGUUACAUGUAUUGGAGUAUAAUCUGUAUGGAAUAGCCAGUCUUUUGCAAACCUCGCCUCUUUUGGAGUCACUCAACAUGAGGUCCAAUUCCCCCUGCCAGCUUGAGCAAAGCUAUUUCGCUGAACUAGAUAACAUCAAUUUGCCGAGUUGGAUUCCAAACACUGUAUUUCCCAAUCUCAAGAAUCUUAGGAUUGUCGGCUGCGGAACAGGAUGUUUGAAGGAAUGGUCUGAAGAGGGCUUUUGUAAGCUUUUCGAACUUUCAAAGUUUCUACUAAAGAAUGCAGUGGCUUUGCAGAAGUUUGUUAUCGUCGCGAAGAGAAGAAAAUGCUGCACUUGUUCAGAGAGCUGUGUGUCCCGGCAUUUAUCACAAUUGGCUAAGAAAUUGGUAGACACCCCAAGAUCAUCUAGGAACCUCAUGAUUACUUACCAAGAGUUAGCUUAGCAUGACCAGGAUGGAAGUUUUUUUACUUCGGCAUACUGGAAAUACCUUAUAUUUUAGCUUUUGAUUUACUGCAGUCGUAAUUUUGAACUUGUGGCAUUCCCCAUAUUAUGAUGGCUGCUUGGUUUCUUAAAAGAAAGAGGUCCCUACAGUUUUGUUUAAGGAAAUAAUCUCUAGCUGUUAUAUUUGUGGCAUGUAGUGUUGUUGAAUGCUUUUACUUGAGGUUAUGUUCAUACUAAGACUGUUUGAUUACAUCUAAUUGCUUGAUUUUCCUGAAUCUCCGUUCCUCAGACAGUUUUUUUGAAAAUGUGCUUACUAGGGGUUGCAAAUUUUUUGUGGAACAACUCCUUGAUAAAUAACAUAUGAAGGAGUUUUGAGUAGGCCUUAUGAACUUCAUUAUAUCCUUACUAUAAAUAGACAAAAGAAUCCCUGUAAUAGUGUAAAGAUGACUUUCGGCUACCAUAUGAUGGUACCUCUUUUAGGUUUAAUUUUUAAAAGAACUUUCCUCACGUGAUGUUAAAGAGUGCUGGUAUUCAUUUUCCUGUAAUGAUAACUUUAGGAUGAUGACAUUUGAUAGAAGUUACUGCUAGUCUCUCUUUUUUUGUGGUUUUCUUAUGGAUGCUGGUGACCGGAGUCAACAAACUAUGAAGCUUGCUGAUGUUGUAGUUUCUUUGAUGGACAUUUCACAAAAAUUGCCGCAUGUAAAGAGUUUAUAAUAAAUCUCGUAGUACAUAAUAAAGUUUAUUUAGAUGUAACCUGUGGUGAAGAAAGGAUUCUGGUAGAAAUAUGUCCUAGAUUGAAAGAUCAUGUCAAAACUGCUGAUGGUUCUUGAAGGCUUCAUUUGUCCUUUGUAUUUCAGGGCAGCUGCUGAUAUGCUUGCUAAAUUGCAUCUCUAUGACAAUGGUUGUUGACAUGAGCAGAGUGGAGGCAUAUAUCCUCUGAGGAGGCAGCUUUUGCUGACUUAUGCCUAAUUAAUAACAUGAAGUUUUGGACAAUAGCUGGGAUAUUUAAAGCCAUUGCAUCAUUUAAAGGAAACCUUUUCUUGGCUUUUCCCUCCUAGUCAUGAAUUAGUAGUAGGGUGCUAAUCCUUUUUGGUCCAAAAUUAUGGUUAGAAAAUGCUUUUCUAACAAGAUGUUGAGAUUAUCUGUAACCUCUUAUUGUAACGUAGAUUCAAAUCUUUCCAGCCAGCAGUUUGGAGGAAAAAAGCGGCUGAAAACAUCUUCCAGAUGAGGAAGUUGAGUUCGUUAAACAAAUUAACAAGAUGAGAUCCGAAACAAAAAGGACUGUUGCAGUAUCACUCUUUGCUUGGGUUACCUAUGCCAUGAAUAUUCAAGAUAGGGACAACCAUCAUCAGCAUUUUUCAAGUACCAUUAAAAUUCGCUGGUUCUGAAAUUUUUGUGUACCUGAUGCUUCUACUCGGAAAUCAUUUUUUCACUUUUGUGCAAUUUCCAUUAGACUGGCCUGUAUUUGGUCCUGAUUAUAUUCUCUACCUCCAGCUUGAUGACUACAAUAGUUCUCAGUUCUACUUUGAGUUGAGAUUUUUGGUCAAAGGAGAUAAUAUUGAUUUGCAAAGUUGGAUUUCAAGCUUUGCGUUUCCCAAUCUCAAGAAUGUAAAGAUUGGCGUCUCCUUCGGGAUGUGCUUGGAGAAUCAUUUCCAAUGGGGUUAUGUGAUGCUUUUCAAACUUUCCGAAUUUCUGUUAAAAAAUUCAGCAGUAGAUGAAAUUUGUUAUCAUAUCAGAGAGAAGAAAGUGCAAGAAAUGUCCAAUGAACUGCGUGUCUUAAUAUUUAUUUUGAUUGGCUGAGAAAUUAUUAUGUUGCCUAAGAUCCUCCACUAAUUCUGCGAUUAUCUUCCACGGGAGAGCUCUCUCCAUGACUAGACUGCGAGUAGUUAUUUGGUUCAGAAUAUGAUAAAUAUCACCUUAUAUUGAGUGUUUGAUAAACAGGUUCCUUAACUUAUCUCUGUAACUAAUUACCCUUAUGCCAGCUUUGUUUCUCAUGAAGCAUAGGUUUGUUGCAUUUUAGAUGUUGUACUUAUGCAUUUAGAUUUUCUUGUAACUGUUUCCCUGGA